AUGUCAGCUACAGUGACAAAAAUAUUUGGUGAAUGUAACAAGAAUGUUUCAACUGUCGUCAUCGUUCUUGCCGCUCUGGUCAGUGUGAUUGCUGCCCAGCAUUACUACCAAGCUCAACAUCACGUGGAAGAACACCACGGUCCAGUUCACUAUGAAUUCAACUAUGAUAUCCAUGACGAUCACACUGGAGAUGUUCAUGGACGUAAGGAGGCUCGCAAGGAUGAUCAUACCCAGGGAGAAUACUAUCUGAUCGAUGCCGAUGGACACAAGCGUACCGUUACCUACCAGGUUGAUGGUAAGAGCGGAUUCAUCGUCCAGGUUCACCGUGAACCAAUCAAGGGAUAUCAGGCACCACAGGUGCACAAAAUCGUGACUCCAAUUCAUAAAGUGUUGGCUGUUCCCGUUCAUCACACCCACCACUAUUAG